GUGCGCGUGGCAUCAUCUUCGCAUCCGGGCCGGAGUUCUCCUGCCCCUUCCCCCGCCCGGCGCCGCCGUAGCACUUCGGUGCGUUACGCCGCGGGAGUCCAGGCAGUUCUGUGUGUGCGGCUGGGCGCUGGACCCCACCCGGUGGGCGACGAGACGCGCGUGCUUGGCGCCUUUCCUCCCAGGGCCCUAGUCGCUGCACCGCCAGGAUCUGCGUUGGUACUGUGUCUGGCCUCUCGGUGCAUCGCUGCUCUGGGCGCCGCAACCCGCAGCCGACCUCCUUCCUCCGCCCUGCCUCACCCCAGGGGCGCAGGCCAUCGGCGAUCGCCCACCGCCCAGCUCAGAGCGAGCGGGGCUGCGGUGCAGCGUCCAGCGCGUUCCCGCAGCCGGCCCUCCGGCCUGCCUUCCCCGAAGGCAGCUCGCGCCUGGGAGGGAGGGAGCAGUCUGUGCCGACACCGGCGCGGCCAGGCGGGGAGAUGAGCUUCUUCGGCUUCGGGCAGAGCGUGGAGGUGGAAAUCUUGCUGAAUGAUGCGGAGAGUAGGAAGCGAGCGGAGCACAAGACUGAGGACGGGAAGAAGGAGAAAUAUUUCCUCUUCUACGACGGGGAAACCGUCUCGGGGAAAGUGAGCCUAUCACUGAAGAACCCCAACAAGCGACUAGAGCACCAGGGCAUCAAGAUCGAGUUCAUUGGGCAGAUCGAACUCUACUAUGACCGUGGGAACCACCAUGAGUUUGUGUCUUUGGUGAAGGACCUGGCUCGGCCAGGAGAGAUCACCCAAUCGCAGGCCUUCGACUUUGAGUUCACCCAUGUGGAAAAGCCGUAUGAAUCCUACACAGGACAGAAUGUGAAGCUCCGCUAUUUCCUUCGAGCCACCAUCAGCCGCCGCCUCAAUGAUGUUGUUAAAGAGAUGGACAUUGUAGUUCACACACUUAGCACAUACCCCGAGCUGAACUCAUCCAUCAAGAUGGAAGUUGGCAUUGAGGAUUGCCUGCACAUUGAAUUUGAGUACAACAAAUCCAAAUACCACUUGAAAGAUGUCAUUGUAGGGAAGAUAUACUUCCUGCUGGUGAGAAUCAAGAUCAAGCACAUGGAGAUAGACAUCAUCAAACGAGAGACAACAGGCACGGGUCCCAACGUGUACCACGAGAACGACACAAUAGCGAAGUAUGAGAUCAUGGACGGGGCACCAGUCCGAGGUGAGUCCAUCCCCAUCAGGCUCUUCCUGGCAGGGUAUGAGCUCACACCCACCAUGCGUGACAUAAAUAAGAAGUUCUCUGUGCGCUAUUACCUCAACUUGGUGCUGAUAGAUGAGGAGGAACGGCGCUACUUCAAGCAGCAGGAAGUGGUGUUGUGGCGGAAGGGUGACAUCGUACGGAAGAGCAUGUCCCACCAGGCAGCCAUUGCCUCACAGCGCUUCGAGGGCACAACCUCCCUGGGUGAGGUGCGGACCCCUGGCCAACUGUCUGACAACAACAGCAGGCAGUAGGCCCCUGGGGCCAAGAAGUUGCUGGGCUUCCACCACAGAACCCCCAUCUGCCGAAUACCAGCCACUGCGGGAGGGGGAGGAUGGUGUGAGGUUCAACUGGCUGUUACUUGCAACCUUGGAAACAAAUCAUGUUUUUUACUUAAAUUUUUUUCUCUGAAGAACCUAAGGGGCUUGGGUUGGGCAGCAGUCUCCCCGGGAUGCUGCAGCCUAGGUAGGGAUAAGGAGAGGAAACAUUCUGGAAGCUAAUCUCUUCCUUGGGAAUGAGCUCUGUGUCAAGGCUGUCUCAAGCCUUAAAGCAGAGUUGAGAGCACACAUCCUUGGCUCCAGGUUCUCUGGGCUUCCUGAUACAGAAGCUGAGUGUGUCCCUGGCAUUUACCUGCCACCAGGGCUCUGGGUAGUCGUGUCUUAUACUCCCUGUGACUGUUCUGAGAUAGUGACAGAAGGGCCUGUCUCAUCUAACUUGGAAGAACACUCAAGAACAGGAAGCUACCUCUCGGGGUGUCCGGGACGUGGUGCUCUCGAGUUUCUACAGUCACCUCUGGCCUCUCACUACUGGGACCAGACCCUUCUCUUCUUCAUCUUCUCUAGCUUGUCAAGAACUAUACAGGAGCAGAAGCUUAAGGAAGGGUCUGUGUCUGACUCCUCUUACUUGUGAGAAACAGGCACAGAGAAGCCCUGAUUCGGUGUCACACAUGGAUGGCAAGGGGCUGAACUAGGUCUCCUGAGGGGGAAAAAGAAACAUCAGGCAAGGCAACCGUCUGCCUUCACCACAUGACUCCUCUUGGCAACCCAGUGUCUGGGUUGUUGUAGGGAAUUACUUUAAGUUAUCCAACAAGCCCUAAGCAGAGGGUCUGUUUCCUUUAGCCUAGAUCCUAGAAGAGGCUGGGCUCCACUUGCCUCCUAAAGCAGUUUGUCCUACUCCUUGUCUUCUGCUUGAUUUCUGGAACUGGGCUUUGUUUCAAGCAUGUAUAAGUUUUGUCCUUACUCCCACCCAAACCCUUUCAUCCCACCAUCUACAAAUUAGGGGAGGAAGGACCUCUGCACAGGGCUCUGCUACUGUGACUAGAGUAAUUCUGCUUGCCAAAUGACAUCUAUCUUCACCAAUUCACUGACUCAAGUUUAGGACCACUAUUUUGUUUUGUUUUGAAUUUAAAAACAAAAUAGGACAACUGUGGUGGAUGUUGUUAUACUAGAGAAGAGGUAGUUCUUCCUCCUGCUCUAUGCUUGGCCUGCAAGUAGAAAAGGGGUUGACUGUCUUUCUACCUUGUCUGGAAAUGACUAGAAUUACCAUCUCCUGUUGGCUGUCCUCCCCUGUCUGAGAAAGAUCAAGCAGACCUGAUGUUCAACAAGUAGUGUUCGCUGGUCUGUGUUCCUUGUAAUUUGGAAAGUAAAGGAUUUGUUCCUGUGUCAUCUUUCAGUUCAUGUAGAAAAUGGGACUCUUGCAAUCUCUGGCUUUGACAGGGCGGGCCGUUGGAUGAAAGACUCUUGGAAUGACUGGGGGUAGCAGAGCUAAGGAAAGUAAAGUUUUCUCCAUGCACAACCCCAGGUUUAGGUGUGACAUACAAUCCCCAUGGGAACAGGUUCACCCAUCCAGCUGUCCUUGGCUAUCAAGGCUGGGCCCUAGCAUAUGAGGGAGUUGGGUUCUGGGCUCUUGCCCUUUUCAGGAUAUGAGACUAGACUCUGCCGUGCCUCCUUUUAAUAUCUCAUUAAAAAGCAUUUGUCAAUUUCUCUGCCUCCCAGCCGACAACACAAAAUUAUUUUCCAACUUUUGCUAAUAUCAUAAGCCUUUCUUCUGGGAGAACUAGAAGGUAGAAUAUGCUGUUUCUCUCAGGAGCUGUGCACAAGCCAAGUAUGUUUUCUCUGCCUGUCCCCCGUUCUCCUUUCUCUGCCAACUGUGAAAGUAUGGGAAGGUUCCCAUCCCCAUCCUUUAAGGUUCCCAAACCUGGAGUGCAUAGGUACUAAACCAAGCAGUGCAACUUGUAAUUAAGAAGCUGCAGUGUUUACAUGUUUCUUAAUGUGUUGUCUUUUCAAUGGCUGUAUUUUAAAAGAACAUUUGUUUUAAUGAUGUCUCUAAUUAAAGGAAGCCCUAUGGCUUUGGAGGCAUUGUGCCCGUGAUCCACCAGAUUCUGUGGUCUUUCCUUCUUAACACUGUCUCAUCUCUGACACAGUAUGCAGCAUGCCUUUAACACUGCCUUCUUUUCCAGUGGAUGGUAAACAGUAAUGAGCACUGUACUAACCACCCAUUAUAGGCAAACAUGGCCCAGUUCUGGCCACACUGUCUGGCAAUGUGCCUGAAACCCCGUUUUCCACCGUGGUGGGACAAAGAAGACUAAAAGUAGCAUGGAAAGAUCAAGACAUAGAUUUACUGAGUGUUCAAAGAACAAGAGACUCAGUCCUACAUUUUGCUGUUUACUGCGUAACUACAGAGGUAGGGGCAGGUGAAAGUAGAGGUGCCUACAUCUUCUAGCUGACCAAAGGAACCAGGCUGGGAUAUGACACCUCCAGUGGAGGAUCCUUCUACACACAACACAGGUUUAGAAGAAAACACUUCCAACCUUGUCAUUAAAUCUUUUAUUAGGAAAAUUAACAAACCAUCCGUGCACACGACCCCAGGUGGAUACAGCAAGCUUUCUCCUUCUGUCUUAUAAAAUCUUGGCUUGUUCACUCCAUCAGUAGAGCCUUCUGAUUAACUUGGUUCUGUUUCCUCCAGGCUCAAAAUAAAAUCAAACUCUUCUACAAAAAAGAGGGGUUGAGGGUGAGACUGAGGUGUUUAUCGUGUCCCGCAUAGGGAAGUUGAAGGGCAGCUCCUGCAGGGGGCAGCUGUCUAUUAAGAAGCUGGAACAGCUGGUACUGGGUAUAUAACAGUGGACAGUGUAGCACAUAGCCUUGCUUGUGGGUGGCUCAGGUGAGGGCACCAACUCUCCCAUGUUAGGUCUCACCUUGAGUCAGAGGCUGAACGGAAAGUCUCUGGCGGGUGAAGAGAGUCAUGCUUUUUAAGGGGCCGCCAGUAGCUUUGUGGGCUUGGUGAUAGGUUUUAAGCUCCUCCAGAGGGAUGAAGCGCUUCAUCAUUCGAACAAACUGUACAUCCACCUAUUCGACAGCAUUUGAAGGGAACAGAAACACGUUCGGCCAGACCCUGCCCAAUUUUAAGGGAUGGGUCCACUGUGUUGCCUAGUGUGUCCUUAAAUUCCUGUUGCUGAAUCAAUUUUCAGGCCUCAGCCCACCGAGUAGCUAAGCGCAUGUACAGCCUUGCUUCUGUGCACACCCAGAGUUUUUGCUAUUUGCAGGAGGUGCCUGGUAUUAGGGCUGCCAAUAUUCUGAUAUCCCAAUUCAGUAAAACUUCAUCUAGCUGAGAGCUGGGCUGUGCUCCCUGACCUAACAGUACCCCACAUUCUUUUCCCCCUUUUGUCCACUCUGCCCUAUGAAACAAGAACAGUUCUUACCAUCGACCAUUUAGGGUCGUCCUCUUUGCUGGAUGGAUCGUAAUGGGGAUUACUUUUCUCAAACUGUGUGUGGUCUGGGUAAGCCUCCUUUACAAUCUGAAAGCAAAAAACCCCAAUCCAGUCAUUUUAAAUCCCUGCCCAAGUUUUUUUUUUUUUUAAUAAAGAUUUAUUUAUUUUUAUAUAUGAGUGCAUUGUAGCUGUCUUCAGACACACCAGAAGAAGGCAUCAGAUCCCAUCACAGAUGGUUGUGAGCCACCAUAUGGUUGUGGGAAUUGGACUCGGGACCUCUGAAGAACAGCCUGUGCUCUUAACUGCUGAGCCAUCUCACCAGCCUCCUGCCCAAAUUUUAAUAUGCAUCUAACUCAAAUCCCACCCCCACCCCCCAUUCUAAUCAUUUUCCCUUGCCAUGGAGACAGCUGGUACUCUGGAAAUAACAAUCUAAGGAAGCAAAGCCAGGAAGGAGAGCUGAAUUUUCCAAGGUUUCACAGCCAUGUUCUAAAACUCAAUGAUAAGUUACUGUUGGAAACAGGUUUUUAUUUUCUCCCAACUCCACACAGUUUUAUCCUGAAAUUCUUAGUGAAGAGGAGCUACUUGAUGGAAACCUCAGAUAGUGACAAGUAGUAGUAGGGCCUGAAAUGAAGGCCUUCCUAUUCUAAUCUCUGUCACACAGGUGAUGGUCAGGGCACUUUUCCUCACUGACUGUGACAGGCCGAGUGAGGUCGUUUUUGCCUAUUUAAGCUGUAGGCCUUUCACAAAUCCCUAAAGGGAAGAAUCCAGGCUCAGAUGUGUGCGUCUAACCUUCAUAAGUCCAACAAUGCCAGGCUGUUUGCAGUUGCUAUGGUAGAAGAAGGCUUCAUCCUCCAAUUUCAUGGCCCUGAGGAAGUUCCGAGCCUGUGUCAAAGAAGAAACAAGGGCUACCCACUUAACAGCUGGGAAGAAAGCAAGUCUGUUUUUAUUCAAUGUUUAUUUCUGUUUUGCAGCUUCUCUCCAUUCAUAAUGAAAUCUGUUCCUUUGUUCAGAGUCCUAGCCUUGUUCCAGGACACUAGCCAGAACCAAGCUACUUUGCAGACUGCAUGCUGUCACAGCGAUUAUGAUAUUUCUGAAAACAUUUUCAGAUAGAGUUCAGGGAAAAGCAGUACUGGCUAAAAGGCCCUGCUCCUGCAGACUGCGAUGGAGGAGGCAGGCAUGUACCUAGUGUGGUCAGCUUCAGGGUCCCUGCCCUCAUUUCCUUACCUGAUAGUUGCGAACACCAUCCCAGCAAGCUGUCUGCUUGGGCUGUGCUUUGAGAUCCUCGAUGCUGAACUAGACAAAAGAAAAUCAAGCCAUUCAUUACUAAAAGGUCACUGGCCAGUCGGUAAGCUUCUAUGGAAACAAAAAGUUCUCUCCUUAAUCCUGAAAAGUGCUACAGCUGUAAAGGAGCUAGGUAGGUUACUGGAAACUAGUUCCAGGGAGUCACUGGUGUUGAACGUGUAAGUAGCCUUGGGUUUUGCAUUGUGAGCUUUGCUAAUUAAUUUAGUUGAAUGGAUAAUCAGGAUAAUAAAAGUCUGCUGGUUCCCUGUAUUUCACUUAUUAAAAUAUCAUAAUUCUCUAAUAUUUCUAUUUUUCUCAAGCUAGUACUAAAAUUGGCUAAUCUUCACUACCUGAAUACAUGGCCACACUUGUCAGGGAGACGUCUGGGAGCACGGCAACCAGUAAGAAAAAUCUACCAACCAAGGAGGGCCAGGUGUGGGGGUGCACGCCUGUAACUCCAGCCCUCAUAAACCUGAAUGCAAGGAGGAACUUAAAUUCAAGGGGCAACCUGGGCUACUUCAAAAGUUAAGAGGCCAGCUUGGGCUACAUAGUUAGAUCGUCUUAAAAACACGUAACAGCAAAAUCAAACUAAGAUUGACACUGGAAAACUGAACCAAAUGCCUGAUUUUAUAAAUAAAGUUUUACCUUUUAAUGUA